AUGACACAGAUUGAUAAGAAAGAAGUAUCAGGAAACAUUAUUGUUGUUUCCAACAGAUUGCCAGUGACCAUCUCGAAGGAUGACACUGGGAAGUACCAGUACAAGAUGUCCUCUGGAGGGCUGGUUACUGCUUUACAAGGUCUGAAGAAGACCGCUACGUUCAAGUGGUAUGGGUGGCCCGGUCUAGAGAUCCCUGACGAUGAGAAAGAGCAAGUCAAGCAGGACUUGCUCGAGCAAUUCAACGCUGUGCCUGUGUUUUUGAGCGACGAGGUCGCUGACUUGCACUACAACGGGUUCAGUAACUCUAUCCUGUGGCCUCUGUUCCACUACCACCCGGGUGAGAUCAAUUUCGAUGAGAACGCCUGGCUGGCUUACAACGAGGCCAACAGGGCCUUCGCCGAGGUCAUCUUCGAGACCAUGCAGGACGACGACUUGAUAUGGGUCCACGACUACCACUUGAUGCUGCUGCCCCAGAUGCUGCAGGAGGAGAUCACCAAGCGUAAGCUGAGGAACGUCAAGCUGGGCUGGUUCCUGCACACGCCGUUCCCUUCCUCCGAGAUCUACAGAAUCCUGCCUGUCAGACAGGAGAUCCUGAGAGGUGUGCUGAGCUGCGACCUCCUCGGCUUCCACACUUACGACUACGCGCGCCACUUCCUGUCCUCCGUCCAGAGAGUCCUGAACGUCAACACUCUGCCCAACGGUGUCGAGUACCAAGGCAGGUUCGUCAACGUCGGUGCCUUCCCUAUCGGUAUCGACGUCUCCACCUUCCAGGACGGCCUCUUGAAACAACAGGUCAAGGACAGAAUAAGCCAGUUGAAGGAGACGUUCAAGGGACAGAAAAUCAUCAUCGGUGUCGACAGACUGGACUACAUCAAGGGUGUCCCACAGAAACUGCACGCCAUGGAGGUCUUCCUAAGCGAACACCCAGAGUGGAGAGGCAAAGUCGUCCUGGUGCAGGUAGCUGUCCCAAGCAGAGGCGACGUCGAGGAGUACCAGUACUUGAGAUCAGUCGUCAACGAGCUGGUCGGAAGAAUCAACGGCCAAUUCGGUACCGCAGAGUUCGUCCCAAUCCACUUCAUGCACAAGAGUGUUCCUUUCGAAGAAUUGAUCUCCCUGUACGCAGUCAGCGACGUCUGUUUGGUCUCUUCCACAAGAGACGGUAUGAACUUGGUCUCUUACGAAUACAUUGCCUGCCAAGAAGAAACAAAGGGCUCCCUGAUCCUGAGUGAAUUCGCUGGUGCAGCCCAAUCCUUGAACGGUGCCAUCAUCGUCAACCCAUGGAACAUCGACGAAAUGUCCGACGCCAUCAACGAAGCCUUAACCUUGCCAGAAGUCAAGAGAGAAGUCAACUGGGAAAAAUUGUUUAAGUACAUCUCAAAGUACACUUCCGCCUUCUGGGGUGAGAACUUUGUCCACGAACUGUACAACACUUCUUCAAGCAGCGGUAGCAUAAAAUCCUCCGAGGAAAAGCACUGA